GGCUGGCAUCCCGGGAGAUUACGAUGACGUCAUGGCCAUCUCAGACGGCAAAUACGAAGGCAACGAUUACCUGCCUCACCGCUACCACAGCUGGAUGACGGAGCCACACAGGCUGGUGAUUCUAGCCAAGAGAGAUGGAAAGCUGGUGGCACUGGAGUCCGGGCUGAUUGUUGAGGGGGGCAGUACGGUGGUCCUGGAGGGGACCACCCCCAGCGAGUCUGUCCCAGUAAGCAGGGGUGGGGUCCUUCAAAGAUUCACAACUCCGUACAUCCGCCAGCUUUACCCCAAUGUCAGGAUGAAGCGGUGGGCUUGGGGAGAGGACCCGGGACCUGAGAAGCUGGCCAAGGUCUCACUGCUGACAAAGCGGGCCAUCCUCUCACUUCAGAUUAAGACGGAGGCUUUUGAUGCCUUUCUCUCCACCUUACGGGCUAAACUGGAACAUGAAAAGGGGACAGGAAGCCUGGACCAGGAGUCCAGACUUGUGGUCUUGGAAGAGGAGCAGCUGAGGCACAUUCUGCUGGAUCCCGGUGUUUCCUCUCAGAUCGAGCUGCCCGGUGAUGUGAUUAUUCAGGACUGGCAACCCUUGAAGCUGCUGGAAAGCAACCUGGAGAUGCUGCAGAGACGAAACCUCACAUGGUUGGCCGAUGGCUUGGAGAAGCCAACCUUCCUCAGCCUGCACACCCCCCCUUAUCCUAUCCCUUAUAAGGGAGGGUCCUUCUACUUCAGUAUUGACCUGUUUGGCACCAAACCAGAUCUUGCCUACAGGGCCUUGCUGGCCCACAUGGAGAUGGUGAGGGGUGAGAUUCGGCGCAUGGUUCUUAUGCGCAUAUACAUGCAUCAGUCGUUCUGGGGGAGACUGCGGGCCUUUUGUGAGUGCUCUGCGGGGGUGAGGCAGUUUCAGGACGGCUGGGAGCAGUUGUUCGUAGUGCAGGAGCUCUGAUUACAUGGCUGGGGGAAUGUGCAAGAGCAAAUGUUUAACGCUGCAUGGGAAUAUUUUGCAUAUAGAUGACUGUACUGCCCUACAGAGGCAGAAGUUAGUAAUUGCAGAUUCUAUCAGAAUUGAGUUACUGGACCCCAUAGUCUCAUGACAAAAUAUUUUACUUCAGCUGUGUUUGAUUUUUAAGAAGAUAGAGAGGGGAACCCCAGCCAUUCCAUUUAUCUGCUGAAUUUCACCACCAGCUCAAGCACGCUGUAUUGCUAGUGGUUGAGUCAAACAAUACACUGGUGUAUUGGUUGCUGCAAGUAUUGGGGUAAAUUUAGGAGAGGCUUUGAAAUGGCUAAGCUAAAACACUAUGACAGAUUUAAAUAAUGCCAUAGUUUUUCACCGUUACGGGGUCCGGACAGGGAGGCGGAGCCGAAGGAAGCGGCUGGCGAAUGGCGGACAAGCUGCUGACGAUGAAGCCUGGGGGAUGAAGAUGUGGCGGCAUGUAACAACACCAACAUGAAGUUCAUUUAAACAUCCUUCUCUUUGGCUGCCUUAGACUUUUACAUCGUACUCUACUUUGAAUAUGAGAAGUUAAGCUAUGGAAUAUUGUGAUUUGAUUAUGAUUUGUGUACCGCUUGGUAACAAUCCAAGAAAGCAAAUUGAUUGUCAUUUUUUGUUAGUAUUUCCUGACUCAAAUGGAUCUAUAAAACAUACUGAAGAAGAUGCA